AUGACCGAUUCGACGGAGAUAGCGCUCUCUUCAACGCCGAAGCCAUCCGUGAUCGAAACAACAACUGCCACAACUCCGGUACGAGAUUUGCUCUUCAUGACUAAGGCCGCUCCGACAACGUUCCACAGCUGGUCUCGCCUUCCGAAUGAGCUCAAGAUCAUGGUGCUUACUGACUACUUGGUAUCAUCUGCACCUAUCGGCUAUCUCGAACACGAAAGAUACUUCUCAGAGCGACUGCUCCCGCUUCUUCGAUCUGGUAAUAAUCAAUUAGCCACUCUCGGACGGGAAAUCUACUAUCAGGAUAACACUUUUUGUGUCUACGUGCCCUGGAAAAGGGUGACAUCCAGGUGGUUCGAGGGCAGAUACAUAUUGCAUCGCCCAAAUCCCGCCGUUGCCCACAUGAUUCGAUACCUCCACGUCGAAGCGGAUUGCGAGCUCCACCACUCCUUCGAGUCAAUGUUCCUCACAAACGAAUAUGGAUGGACACACCUUUUCAAGCCAAAGUCAGUAUCCACACAGAUUUCAAAGGGUAGAUCUGACUACGAUAUCACCACCCCUACGAGAUGGCAGCAGGAUUUCAACAACUUGUUGGAUCUCAAGGUCGAUCUACGUAUGUUUGUCCAUUGGACAGCGGAUAAAGGACCUCGCAUAAGUCCCUGGGACGUAGAGAGAACAAAGAGAUUCCCUGCGAAGGCAGAGAUUCUGCUCAAGGCAAACACGGUUCAGUUCGAGAUGUGUGUGGGAUCUAUAUAUGACCAAGUCUUAGUUGAGCCCUGCGAUAAGUUCGAAGAUAUGCUCGAGGGUUUCGCCAAGAUGGCUACGAAGAAGAGCAAGCACUGA